AGAAAUAAAAAUAAAGAAUUUUUUCACCAGAGAUUUUAUUUGAGCGUUCAUAAUAUGUCAAGAACUUGGAUGAGGAACGGUCGGUCAAUUGGACGUGGAUACUCUCCUGUUCCUUCGUGGGAGAGGACCUUCUGCUCUUCCGUUUGCGGAGUUCCCUGGAGAAAAAUAUGCGAGGCCAAGGACUACACGCUUAGGCAUGAGAACAUAGCUGAUUGGGACGAUUCAGGCGCGCUUAAGGCUUUCGAAAAUGCGAAGGCGCGCUACUGGUCUAAAAUCAACGGCCUCGCCUGCGACGUCCCGACGCCCGACCCAGACUUGUUCUUCGACGAGGUUGACCACCACGACGCGACCGAUCCCGAAUUGAUCGCCGAUUUGGAGAACGAGGACACGGCGUCGCGAGGGGAGGGCGAUGAUCAAGAGGAAGACCUGAGCUUCGAAGCGGCUUAUGAAGCGUUGAGACGUCUGCCCGUAGUAGCAACGGGGUGGGGCGACGCCGAAGAGGGGGAUGAGCCACUUCGAGCUGCGGGACGGGCUGCCGAUGCGAAAGACCGCGCGCCCGCUGACGGGAAAUAUGACGGUAAUCCACGGGAUGGCAAGGGCUGGGGUCGUGCGUGUAGGACCCACCGUGGCUGGAGAGGCCGGAGACGCGACGACCGUUGGCGAAAACAGAAGAAAUUUGCUCCAAACGAGCAAGAAAAUAGGAAGACCACGAGGAAGCUGCGGCCGAAAACAUCACAGAGUGAAAAAUGUUUCGUAUAA